AUGUCGGAGAGUAAAGAUGGUGGUGGCAGCAGCGGUGGUGGUGGUCGAGCACCUUACUUGGACGUGAGCGAGGACAAGAUGUACGAUUCACGGCUGCGGGGGGACUACGAGCUGCACGACUAUGCGCACUCUCCCUCCAACCAGCGACUAAAGGAACAGAGAGAAUCUAAGGGAGGUGGCAGCAUUGCCGACAGGGUGCUCGGGGCGAGGCUUCACCCGGGCCUCACUAUCAGCGAAAACUCGGCGGAGGUUUUUGUCACCCGGUUCGCUCCGGAAGGAAACCUUUUGGCGGCAGCAUGCGGCGACGGAACGAUCCGCAUCUUCCACGUGUCCACCGGACGCCUGGCAUACAACUUGCAGAGCAGCUCGUCGCAGUCUCUACCGACGACGUCGCUGCGGUUCAGGCCAGCCAUAGCUCAGAGUAAGACGAGAAACGUCCUGGUGUCUUGCAACGCUGGGGGAGAGAUCCAGCACUGGCAUAUCACCUCCGGGAAGUGUCUGAGCACGAUCAAGGAGGAAGAUCAGUUCUAUGCCCUCGACUAUCGCAAAGACGGGAGCGUGUUCGCCGCCACCGGGAAGAACCACACGGUACACAUUUAUGACGAGACGACGAAGCACGAAAUUUCCCUGCUGCAGGGAGGCAGUGGCUACGGCUCGAGCUCAGCGCCGGGCCACUCCAACCGAGUCUUCGCUGUCAAGUUCCACCCCGAAGAUCCCGAGGUGCUCCUGACUGCAGGGUGGGACAACACCGUCCAGUUCUGGGACAUGAGGGUGGGGCACUCGGUGAGGAGCAUAUUCGGGCCGCACAUUAGUGGCGACUCGUUGGACAUUUGCGGGAACGAGAUUCUCACAGGGUCCUGGCGGCCAAACGACCCGCUCGAAAUCUGGGACUACGGGACGGCAGAGCUGAAGGAGACCAUCCCAUGGAAUCGGUCGUCCGCCCAGGGGGUACAACCGACGUUGUUGUACACGGCCCAGUUUAGCAACACCGCGGAUGGCGGGCGGUAUAUCGCAGCUGGGGGGAGUGGGGCGAACGAGGCCAAGAUAUUUGACCACACCGCCAACAACCAGCUCGUCGGGACGGUGACCGGCUUGCCUCGCGGGGUGUUUACCGUGGAUUUCUCCCCUUCCCCAGAUGCGAAGAAGGUGGCGGUGGCAGGAGGGGACGCGUCGAUUCGCAUCAUCGACAUUGUCGAGGAGAAGACGGCUGACGUUUACUAA